UAGAAGUAAACCAUUUCAAUUGGUUACUGGGGGACUUCAAUUGGACAUCUGUGAAGAAUGUUUUCUGUGUAUCUUCAUCUGAAAUGUUGGCUAUAUGGAUUAUUUUCUCCAUUGAGUUUCUUGUCAUGUCUCUGGCACUCUACGGAUUGUGCUGUCUGCUUAGGCCUGACAAUACGGUUCCUAUAUUUGUCAUAAACCUUUUUGUAUGUGAUAUCAUACAGAUUUGUGUCAAGCCUGUUGUGCAUUUUUGUACACUGAAUGGUCUAGUCUUUUUUAUCUUUUAUGUUUAUGUCAUGAGCGUAAAAGUUAAUAUUGGCUUCAUGGUCUGUAUCUCUUUGGAAAGAUACAUAAUGAUCAAAUACCCUGUUUGGUACAGACUUCAUCAUACUUGUAAAAAUUCACUUCUGAUAUGCUUGAUAGUUUGGGCAGUAUCAUGUGGAUAUAUGGCGAUUGAUGUGAUUAUUGCAUUUAAAGGCAGUUUGGAAAUUGCAUUUAUUCUAAAUGUAUUUCUUUUUUUGCUGCCUUAUCCACUGGUUGUGUUUUCCUUUGUGGGUUCGUGGAGGGCUCUCGCUCAGUCAGUCGCAGUCAGCCCUGAUGAACAGAAGAGGAUUUUGAGGAUUCUGGCUCUUGUUCUUUUCAAUUACACUGUGUUGUUCCUGCCAACCAUUGUUCAAAACGGAAUUUUUGCUAUAUCCUUUAAGAGCGGAAUAAGUGGUUAUUAUGAUUGUUUUCGUUCAGUGUCAGGAAUCAUGUUGUAUUUAAAUCCACUCGCUGACUCUUUGCUCUAUGUUUUCAUAAGAAAGGAUGCUAAUAACAUGCUUAGAUAUUUGUGUUGUAGGAAGCUGCAUGAAAAUCAAGUGUAGCCCUUCUAUUCUCCAAUUGAGAAACUGCCAUGUUAAGUUACUGUGUUUUUGCAACAUGACAUCAUGACUUUUGCGUAAACAUACACGCCACUUUCGAGUCAAGUGGCAUGUUAUCUAUACAAUUGAAAUGAAAGCCCUGCAUUUUGCUAUUAGGCCACAAAUGGCAAUUAACAAAAUGUGUAUAAAGUUUCAUUUGAGUCAUUGAACAGUAUCAAUAACCAGAGCAGGAAGCUAUUUAUUGCAUUUUAACCACUUUACUGAGUCCUCCUCAUCAUUACUCAAAUUUGAAAUGCAACAACAUCUCUCAAUCCAUCUGAGUUUAAGUGAUUUCAGGAAAAGCUGGUCAAAAAUUAAUCGGAUUGCAUGAUAAAAUGCUCAGCUUCUCCCUCUCUAUGCUGUUUCUUCAUGUUACUUUCCACCAUAAUCAACCAGCAGCAGCUAGCAAAAUUCUGUAUUUCAGAUUAGGAGUGUCACUUUCACAAAAGCUGAUAGGACAAAGUGAAAUAGUCACCAUAAAAACAAGUUCGAACAUCCAGAGCACAUCCAAGACACAGAAAAUGCUUUAUGGAACAUCAACUAAUAGUAAUUUCCAACUGGAUCUAAGCCAAUUUCCAUGGGAAAUUGAAGAUUUUAAGUGGAAAUUUCUGGAAAAACUGUUUUGUGUGUCCAAAAUUGAAGCUGUGGUAAUCUGGAUUAUUUUCUCCAUUGAGUUUCUUGUCAUGUCUCUGGCAAUCUAUGGAUUGUGCUUUCUGACCAGACCUAGCAGCACUGUUCCCAUUUUUGUCAUAAACCUCUUCAUCUGUGAUGUCAUAGAGAUUUGUGUCAGACCCAUCAUGAAUUUUUGUUCAUUCAAUGUUAUAAUUGUACUUAUCCACUACAUUUAUUCCAUGAGCGUGAUAGCUAAUGUUGGCUUCAUGGUCUGUAUCUCUUUGGAAAGAUACAUAAUGAUCAAAUACCCUGUGUGGUACAGACUUCAUCAUACUUGUAAAAAUUCACUUCUGAUAUGCUUGAUAGUUUGGGCAAUAUCAUGUGGAUUUAUUGUGAUUGAUGUGAUUAUUGCAUUUAAAGACCAUGUGGAAUUUGCAUUUAUUCUAAAUGUAUUUCUUUUUUUGCUGCCUUAUCCACUGGUUGUGUUUUCCUUUGUGGGUUCAUGGAGGGCUCUCUCUCAUUCAGUCGCAGUCAGCCCUGAUGAACAGAAGAGGAUUUUGAGGAUUCUGGCUCUUGUUCUUUUCAAUUACACUGUGUUGUUUCUGCCAUCCAUUGUUCAAUCCAUAAUUUUGUCACUAUCCUUUGAACAUGGUCUUUAUGAUAAUUUAUUCACAGUGUCAGGGAUCCUAAUAUACUUAAAUCCUCUCGCUGACUCUUUGCUGUAUGUUUUCAUAAGGAAAGAUACUAAUAGCAUGCUUAGAUGUUUGUGCUGCGAAAAGCUAUGUGAGAAUCAGACACGGAUAGACGACUCCUCCAGUUCUAGGACAGAGGUACAAAUCAAUGUCCAAACAUACAGAGAAAAUACCAUACUCUGAGUGAGUUUCAUCAAUCAACAGUUUUGUUGAAACAAAUGUAAUAUGGACUCUUAUAAAAAUGUAGCCUAAUUUGCUAUAGGCAUACAAUCAUCUAUACAUCUAUAUACAAUAAUAAUCUUUUAUUAUAUAGAUCUCUCUGUAUAAAUGGUAUCCUUAUCCUACCCAUUGUGUUAUAAAAACAAAGAGUAAACAUUUAUAUUCCACUCAAUUUUUCUUCAUUAAAAGCCUAACUUAUAUUUGAGAAGUGUUAUCUUUGAAUUAUUUUC